UAUUACUUUUGAAAAGCUAAUAAAAUAUGCAUGAAUUCAUCAACUUACUCACCAAGAAAUAAAUCUUUUAUUGAUGGCCCUUAAUUUUACUUUUUUGAUGAUCCAUGCGACCAUGCAUGACUCAUUCUAAAAGCUUCUACAAUAUUUUCCACCUUCUAUAUAUACCUCUGCAUAACAAACUAUAUUCCCAACACCAACCACCAAAAAUCAUUAUUCUCUUUCUCUAAUCCAUCACCACCAUUAUAAUUAAUUUGCUGCAUCUUAUUAAUUAAGAGGUGAUUGUGUCAUUGAUAAUUAUAAGCGAAAAUGAAUGUUUCCGAGGCAUUUAAAUCAAGGAGUUUGAAGUGCAUGAUCGGAGAUCAUCUCCUUCGAAAUGGGUUAUCGACAAUAAGUUAUGAUCAAACUAGGAAAACAUCCACCAUCAAACUAUUGCCUGGACCUUCAUUCGGCAAAGUGGAUGGACCUUUGGUUGUUUCAAAACAACGUAGAGUGGAAUCAGUUUUUAACACGAUGAAUAAACUUGUGAAAGGAAAAUUGAGCUUUGUUGGAGGAGUCGACAGAGUAUUUAAACGAAUAUUUAGUGUGCGAGAGGGUGAGAAGUUAUUAAGGGCUUCACAUUGCAGCUUGUACACCACAGCAGGUCCCAUAGCCGGUCGCCUAUUCAUCUCAACGGAGAAACUCGCCUUCUGUAGUGACCGGCCAAUCGCAAAAGUCUCCUCCACCACCACCGGAGAGCCUCUUUGGUUCCAUUACAAGAUUAUGAUACCAUUAAGGAAAAUUCAAAGAUUGAAUCAAAAUGAAAGCACGAAAAAGCCGUCACAAAAGUAUCUACAAGUUGUAACCUCGGAUGAAUUUGAGUUUUGGUUCAUGGGAUUCCGAACAUACAACAAAACUUUCAAAUGCCUACAACAAGUAUGCAGUCUACCAAAGCUUAAUUUAUUGACCUCGAGUUAAUUAGUUAAUGGCGCGUUGGACUAACAUCGAAGAUGUUGGACCUCUACCCCCUCCGUAUUUUUUGUUCUUCCCAUUUGGAAUCGUUUUGUGAGAUGAAAAACAAAUUUAAUCCGGAAGAAAAAAAUAAUACUUCUAAUUAAAUAUCUUGUACCAUAAUCAAACUAGAUCAAGUUCUUAGUUGUAUGUAAAAAUGUAGUGUUAAGUGUGGUUAGUUUAAUGUUUUUUUUUUUUUUUUUUUUUUUUUUUUUUUCAAUUCUACCUCAAUAGCUAGGAAGGAAAAAAGAAGUUUUCCUCCACAAGUUUUAAGUUAGGUGGCAGAUGAUUUGAGAUUACAUUGUAAUUUUUUGAAACAGAGAUUACAUUGUACUUUGAUUAGUUUA